AUGACUCAGACUGCUUCAAUGAGAUCUGCACAAGAAACAUUUUUAAGAGCAAGGUCAUGGAAGCUGACCACAGAGGUGCCUCGCUCACUCACUCGCUGGGCUGCAUUCUCACCUCCCCGACCGCAGACCCUUCCUUCCCCGAAGGCCGAGCGGGCUCUCGGGCUGGAAGGAGACGCAGCCCGGCCCGCCUGGGUGCCCCCGCUCCCAGGAGGAGGAGCCCCGCGCCGAGCCUCCUGCCCCUCCUGCCACACCAACAAAGAGGCCCUCGCCAUUAUCUACCGAGACACCUCCAGCCCCCCGCAGCAGACACGGAAGGUCACCGGAGCGGAGAGACCCGCACCGCCGCCCGCCCCCGGGAAAGGGCACGGGCCGCCCCCGACUCCCUCCCCGCCCGCUGCCCCGCCGAAACGGAUGUCCCUGCUUAGAGACGAAAGGAGGCCCCUCAGUGCCUUGAAGCCAUCAAGAAACAGGUGGGGUGACAUCAUGUUCACCCAGUUCAGUUAUUUGCAGCAAGACCCGUGGCCUUACAGAUCACUGAUGUUACUCCUGAUCUUUUUGGUGGAGUUAUUGUUCUGGAUCAUCCCAUUAGAGGUGAUCAUAGUUGGAAAAGCCCCUGCACUAUCCUCUGUUCAUGGCUUCUGCUACGUGGGACCAUUCAAAGUUGACCAAAGUUUAGUGACCUUACACUGAACACCACCACUGAUGAUUCUGGUGCUGAACUCAGAGGAUACUGAAGACAAACUUUCAGUUACAUUCUCUCCAACCAGCAUGCAAUGUUCUUCAGCCCUGAACUUGCU